AACUACAAGAAGUUUUUAAUCAGCUCAUUGGCGACUCGAUUAAUUCAAAAUUUCUCACAUUUUCUGUAAUUUGGACACUGUUAUCAAGUAAAAAAUUGACCACUAGUGCGAUCAGCGUUAUAUAGAAAGAAAACUAGUACCAAAAUUACAGUUUUAUGGCUGAAAUUCCGCUACUGCAACAAUUUCAGCAACGAGGAACAAUACUAUCAGGAACAGGUUUAGAGCUGAUAGCACCGAGUCGAGAGCAUAACUAAGAAAUAAUGGCAGUUUACUGCUGGGGUAACACCGUCCAUGGUGAGCUUGGUCUGGGCGGGAUCGAGGAAGAACAGAUUAUGCUUCCCCGCGAGAUGGACUGGUGCCAUGCUGCCGAUGUGCAGCAGACAGCCUGUGGCAACUCCCACACGUUACUAUUGACCAAGGAUGGCAAACUGUUCGCCUGUGGUAACAACGACCUUGGCCAGCUGGGCCACGAUUCAAAUGAUGUGCCGAACAAAAGGCCACGUAUGUCACGGUUUAAAUUCGUCUCAUCGCUAGAGAACUACAUAAUAACGCAGGUAAGCUGCGGUACCGCGCACUCUCUCGCCAUCACAAACUGGGGUCAGCUGUUUACCUGGGGUUCAAAUGCAGUUGGACAACUUGGACACGACUCGGACCUCAGCAGUUACACUACGCCACGAAUGGUCAAAGCAAUCGCUACAAAAUCUGUCAUUCAAGUGGCAGCGGGUCAGAUGCACAGUCUGGCGCUAACUAACAGUGGAGAGCUGUACUCGUGGGGAGCAAACGGAUAUGGUCAGUUAGGUCUAGGAACGACGAACGAAAAGGUUCCGAUUCCAACACUCGUCAAAUCGCUAGCUGGAAUUCCAAUAGCAUUUAUCGCCUGCGGAGGAUGCCACAGUUUUGCUGUUUCCAAAUCCGGUGCGAUUUUCUGCUGGGGAAAGAACACUUUCGGUCAGCUGGGCCUGAAUGAUCUUAGCUCUCGUUGCUAUCCGACGCAGUUGAAAACGUUGCGUAGCCUUGGCGUAAGGUAUAUCCGCUGCGGAGACGAUUUUUCUGUGUUUCUUACACACGAGGGCGGAGUUUUCACCUGUGGAGCUGGAACGUUCGGUCAAUUGGGACACGGAACUAACAGCAAUGAAAUUUUGCCGCGGAUGGUUUUCGAGCUGAUGGGAAGCAAAAUAACGCAGAUUGCAUGCGGACGAAAACACACACUGGCUUUUGUGCCAUCACGCGGUAAAAUCUAUGGCUUUGGGCUGGGCGGGGUCGGUCAGCUGGGAGUAGGAGUCAACACUAGUUUCAAUACGCCGCAAAUAGUGAGGGGUCCAUGGGUCGAUUCCUUCCUGGAUCGAAACCUACGAGCGAGUGUCGCAUAUCCGUCUCAGCUGGUGGUCGGAAAAAUAUUCGCCGGUGGAGAUCAAUGUUUUGUUUCAUUGUUAACGGAAUCGUGCAUAGAUGAACACCCCGCAGACUAUCGUCUUUACGACACCGGAACGCAAAUUUACGCCAUGUCGGUGGACAUCAGCAAGAAACUAGCUAUGGUCAAACCGGACGAAACUGUCGAUAUGGACCUGAUAACGUUAGUAGAAACUGUGUUCAAAAGUUUAGCCUGUUUCAACGCUUCCUGGCUGCUACCAGGCUACAAGCAUGUCUGUUGUACGUCCAAGCAUCCAGGGGUCGACAUUGACGCUGCCGAAGAAGCCUUCGAGCACAUUCGUAAAAUUGAACAUGAUACUCUCAAACAGCUGAUAUGGGAAGCGGUGUCCACGGAGUUAAUUGCAUCGCUGAUGCCAUCGCCAGCGGACGUAGAAACACUUCGGGUCUAUAUCACACUGCCAAUGUACCACGAGUUCAUCAAUUCCAAAAACUAUCUAAAACUUCAUUCACCAUUCAGUCAGGCGGUUCAAAACCUGCAGAAAAUCCCAUUCAAAAUAGUUACUCAGUGGUGGUCUCAUCAGACGAAAGAAUACUUUGAAAGGCUAGUGGAUAAUUUCAAGAGUGUGAUACUAUACAUCAUACACUUCAAGUUCCCGAAAGUUGUCAGUAGUGAUGAGAGGCAAGAGAUCAGGUACGAGGCUAACUUGGCGUCGAUGUUAAAUAUUCUGGCAAUUUUGUACAAAAUCAACCACACCCAGCGAUCGCAAAAACUGUCCCAAGAGCAGUUUCACAUCAACGAAAUCGAUGAUCUGAUUGAUAUUCGUCUGGACUACGUCCGCUGGGUAAUGGACACCAAUGGAAGCUGCUUUUCGCUGUGUAACUAUCCGUUCAUAUUCAACGCGUCGUCAAAGACCUUGCUACUUCAAACGGAUCAGGGCCUGCAGAUGCACCAGGCUAUGCAGAAUGCAGCAACUGCUAGCUUUUUCAACAUGUUCCGUUCGGAUAUGGCCGUGUCGCAGUUCAUUGUGCUGAACGUGACGAGGGAUAAUAUUGUGCAGGACACGAUACGCGAGUUAGCUCAGUACACGGCGAAUGAUCUGAAGAAGCCACUGAAAGUGCGUUUCCAUGGAGAAGAAGCCGAGGAUGCCGGUGGGGUUAGGAAGGAGUUCUUUAUGCUACUACUCAAGGAUGUGCUUGAUCCCAAGUAUGGGAUGUUCAAAACCUAUGAGGAUUCGCGGGCAAUUUGGUUUACCGAGGAUUUGUUCGACUACGAAGAGAACAUGUUUGCGCUUAUUGGAAUCCUGUGCGGGUUAGCGAUCUACAAUUUCACCAUUAUUAAUUUACCAUUCCCGUUAGCACUGUAUAAAAAGCUGCUUGGUGAAGAAGUCGGCCUAAGUGAUUUGAAAGAUCUGGCUCCGACGGUGGCGAACUCAAUGCAAAGCAUAUUGGACUACUCGGGGUCAGACUUGGAAGAGGUGUUCGAUCUAACUUUUUCCACUACGCGUGACUUUUUCGGCGAAGUGCAAACGAUCCAGCUUAAACCGGGCGGUGAGAGUAUACGGGUGACACAGGAAAAUAAGGAAGAGUUUGUUCAACUCUAUGUUGAUUAUAAAUUGAACAAAUCCGUGGCAAAAUCAUUCAAGCAAUUUUAUGAUGGCUUCAUGAAAGUGUGCGGUGGCCGAGUACUAAAGCUGUUCGAAGCUCAAGAGCUGAUGUCUGUCGUCAUCGGGAACGAGGAGUACGAUUGGCUUGCACUGGAGGAGCAAGCCGAAUACAAGAACGGCUACAAGUCCAGUGAUCAAACGAUACGUUGGUUCUGGGAAGUUUUCCACGAGUUGCCUUUGGAGGAGAAAAAGAACUUUCUACUUUUUCUAACUGGCUGUGAUCGAAUACCAAUUCAGGGGAUGAAAGCUAUCAAGAUCUACAUACAACCCACCACCGAUGAGAAAUUUCUUCCGGUCGCCCACACAUGCUUCAACCUGCUGGAUUUGCCUCAGUAUCAAACGAAAGAAAGGCUCAAGUACAAACUGCUACAGGCGAUCCAACAAACUCAGGGCUUUAGCUUGGUAUAAAUUGUAAUGGUUGCGGGUGACAAGUGCAUGAUUGUGAGUAUCCUAAUUGUAAUAGUUAUAGAGGGUCGCUAAACUUUACACCAUCGAACAAGUGCGUUUUUAAACUGUUUUUGAGUCAUGUGCAAGGGCAUAAAUUCUAAAAUACAGACCACUAGAAUUAACAUAGAGAUCUUGCGAGUUCUUAUGAGUGUCCGUUUCAGAUCGGAUUGCGGUUGAACUAUCUGACUGAAUCCAUAUUGUAGGGUCGUUUGACCGGAAUGUUUGCGAUUGAUUGGUGCAUAUUUAUCUUAGCUUUAUAACACAAGUCAAAUCUACCCACGGUUUGAUGCGCAGUUCCGUUUGUGUUGCUUAAAAUGGUAAAUCAAAAUAACAUUUAAUUUCUUGGCACUGUAGAUAUUAAAGCUCAAAAUCGAGAUUUCUGGGGGGUUGAGCACAUCAAUAGAUUUGUUGAUAGGACGCUAUUUUUCAACACGAUUUUUUCUGAUACUUGGUUCGUUUACGGAACGUUCAUGGAGCGAUGUCAGCCAUUUUCGUUUCAUGGCUUCAGAAAUUCUUUUGUUUAUUUCUGCGCACGAACUGGGUAUUCGGAUGGUCACAAUUCUGAAUGACUGCAAUAAGUAUUUUAGAUUUUUUUAACCUUCAAAAAGGCAAGGAGUCUCAUAGACCCGGCUAGUUCUCCAGUUUCGGUGAACUUGUACAAACGACAAAAAAGAGGCUUUUGGCUUCAUUGGAUCUUAGGAGUGAUGCUUCUUGAAGUCACAAUUUUAUCUUGCCUUUUUGAGGGUUAAUGUGCUGUUAUUUUUAAUCGUGGUGAUCUAUGGUUAUGAAGUGUACUGAAAGAAAAAAAAAAUCAUGUAAUAUCAUCAUGUGGUAUUUAUCGAACUGCAAAGCCGAGUAUUUCGCUGACUUCUAAAGAAAUUUUUAAUUCUUUUUGAUUGUACGUCAAUUUCCGGGAUAAAGUUCCCUGGUAUACAAUUCUCCGGAAUGUAACACUUCCAAGUAAACCUUUUUCCCGUGUACCAUUUACCAUAAAAUCAAUAAAACAAUGACCAUUUAACUGCCCAUAAUCGUAAGUUCGUCCCAUGCUGCGGGGCGUUCUAGACCGCAACACGUCUUCCCCACUUCUAAGCCACAGUGUUGUCGUCCACCUCUUCAUCUCCUGUCGCAGAAACCUCACGAUUACAUUAUCAACUUUGGACAUCUCCAAUACCUUGAUGAGGAGCGAGUGCGGUAUGAAGUCGUAUGCUAUCUUGUAAUCGAUAUAGGCUAUACUAAGGUUCCGUUGGUUAUAUACCGCUUGUCCAACGAUGACUGCAUUGAUCUUUGCACCCAUGUAUGUUUUUCAUGCAUUGUUUCUGCUCCUCGGUCAGGAUGCUAUUCGACUUACAAUCGGCCCAUACGUAUGUAGUGAUGAUGGUGUACAGACUUGAUAAGCAAGUAAUUUGUCCGUUCUUUUAUGGAUUGGACGUAUUGCUGUCGUUGGGAGGGAGAAUUGCGAUACCACGCGUGAUGAAAUCCGGCAAUAAGCGUGGUAACGCCGUGUUGAAACAUGCAGCAAUCGUAGGAUGUAUAACGGUCAGCUUCUUAUACCAAAAGUUUUGGACACCGUCUGAUCCAUGUGUCGCCCAAUUUCUUUCGACGGGCUCUAGCCACGCCCUUCGCGAUAUUGUGCGUGAGCCCCCAAAGAGGUAACUCCACUAUUUGGAUUAGAUAUCGACCCAUCAACUUAUAGACCGGGGACCAACGAGUUUACCUCCCACAGAUUUUGUUCACCUCAGAAAAAUCUCAACCACAUCGACUGGGAUUGAACCCAGACCAACUGGUGUGUGGCGGUCACGCUAACCACUCAAUUACCGGCGCCGUCGAGUUUCUCCGUCAGCUUGUGAGCUCCCUGAAUGCGAAGCUCACUAUGUGCACUGAUCGCAGCCACAUGACGAUACAAUUUCGCCGAUUUUUUGCCGUCUCUGUACGCAAUCAGCCUUCUAAUAGCGGCACGUUUGUUCGAGAUGCGACUCUCCAAUCUCCACUGCCAUAGGUACUCGCCUUUCCCAGUGAUGUUGGUGCAGGUCGCCUCCAAUGUGGUAUAUAUAGUUGUGGCAGAACACACGGUUUGCUAAUGUUAGCAACCAAAAAUAUGUAAAAAAGCAGAUGCACAACGGAUCGACAUCGUAGCAUUCACACGAUUCAAUGGAAGCGGACGGUAUGACGAAAGCAAGUCAAUUUAUUCUGAGAUCACUCAUACGACUCAAGAUUCAUCUUACGAAUACUGAAGUCCCAUCUUAGCCACACCUGUAUAUACUAAAUUGGGUUGCCUCUAGGUGUAAGUCGGUAUGCUAAACAGCUAACGAUUGCCGCUGCAGCAUAAACUACUACUAGUAACUACAGUUGUUUCAGCUUCUGCACAAAUUCCAGGUUCAUUGGAAGAACGUUACCGUUCAUGACCUGAAGUGCGCAAGUCAAUUUCAAAGAAUACUGCAGGUUCGGGAUCCUCGGGACCUUGGAUCCGUAUCCCUGUUCCUUCUACCAUGCUCUCUCUCUGCACUUCCUGCUGAAUCACAUCGAUUUCCGUUGGGGUGAGCAUAUUGUUGCGGAUGAUUGCUCUUGAAUAUAUGGCGUUCUGAUUCAGAACUCUGGAUACGCCUCAUCGAACAUCUCGAGUAUCUGAGGUUGUCCGCUCUUGUCAGUAUCAAGCUUUGUGCAAAGACAGUAGUCGUGGCAAGAUUUUUUAACAUUUCCGGCUUCCAAUUGAUCCUGCGCCUCUGUUCCCGCGAGGUUGAAGGAUUGGCGUCUCCUAAUCGCAACAUUUCUCAAAAAUGCAACGUUUCUUGAUAUUCGUUGUCCAUAGCUGCUCUCUCCGUCCGUUCGUAGCGGUAGCUCGUAUGGCCAAAACUCAUCCUGUUCAUAUCUUCAUAGUUGGGUUGUAGUGAUAAGUCGCCCCUUAAUGUAGGAAGUGGUGCUCACUCGGUUCCCUCUUCUCUGUCAGCAUACGACCAAAGAUCCCACAAUAUUUGUAAUCCGGAUCUUCACUAACAUUGCUCGUACCCCGGCUGGUACCGCGGGUGGUAGGGAUAGGACACAAUAAUACAGCUUUGUCUUCAAUUUCUCUCUUUGAUUUUUUCUGGGGUGUCGCAUAUCUACUUUUCCGGCCAUCACAUCGUAUAAUAGGUAUACCUAGUAUGUAUAACUAUGAAUGGAAUGUGACACUUGAUUACCUGACAGUCCUUUUCCUAGGGUUGUGUGCUCUUUAGAUAUCAUGAAAUAAUCUGCUGGUUGAAAUAUCACAUCACUUCGACGAUAGAUCAGGAGGUAUACUGCAAAAAGUUCUGGAUAGUGCUAAACUGCUAAACCUAAAAUAUGUUUUUGCUUCGUGCAGUUUAUAAACUAGAAACGGUUACCUAGGGAGUUUAAUGUCCUGGGGAAAUACGUAUUUUUUGGUCUGAGUAGGAUGGUAGAUAUUCGGCCCUAUUCUGCGCGGCGUGUGACGUGAGACGACUAAUCUCACCUCACCCUACGUGACUUUUCUCACCCAAUUCUGAAGAGUCACUUCGGGUGACGUGAGACGCCCAUUUAACCGCAAUGGGGAAUCUCACUUCAUCCGAGUCGACUCUCAGAAUAGGGUGAGAAAAGUCACGUAAAGUGAGGUGAGAUUAGUCGUCUCACGUCACAUGCCGCGCAGAAUAGGGCCGAUUGUUUCUGGUUAUCCUUCAAUAAUUGAUUUUAGAUCGAAUGGUGCUGCCAAAGAGUUAAGAACUGACAAAACUAUAUUUUUUGCUAAGAUGGGAUGGGUUGGUGCUGGGCCUGUGGUCAUAUCAUAUUCUUUCAUGGUCCACUCUCUUUGGUACGGAUGUCUUCAUAACUGGCUGCUGGACGUGUCUUACAAGUGAAUUGAUCACUUCGCUGCAUGAGGGAUACAUGUGCGUCUUACUAGUUAUCGACUCUUGACCGUGAAAUGCAGGACUGGCACCUGAAAGAAUGAUGAUUGUUUCCCUCGACCAAUCACUUGGCUGUUGGAAAUAAGUAAUUGUUUCCCCAGGUUGGUAAGUGUGAGGGCUUUAAGUGUAGUAAUUGGUUUGGCAAUGACACUGAGCUAUCUCGCUACUGAUGACUUGCGAGCAUCAGUAGCUUUCCAAUUUCUAUGUCUUGUCAUUCGUAACACAAUGCAAGCUACUUGGGAGAUCUUAUCACCAACCUAUUUGCCAGAACCUUCCAUUCAAAUGUGAAAUGUAAUUUACUGUUUAGAGAUGUAUCACUUUGUAUCGGGUUUAUGAAUGGUGAACACAUACAAUGUAAAAGUUGACCAGAUCAUGGAUCACAGUUGUAUAACUACAAGAAAGUUUAUUCAUUCAUUCUUUUUGCUGUAUGUGACGCUAACUGUAGACUGCAAUCUCAACCCUUGCUGCUUCAUUACGGUGAUAUUUCAUAUAUUUUUCUUGUCAAUAAUAAAAUCCCUCAAUGAAACAGCAGAGGGAUUCCAUGAGAAACCGGUUGACCACAAAAUAUGACCAUCGUCGAUUCGAACGAAACUUUGAACUUGUGUUUGGUUUAUGAAUAUCCACGAUUUUCUCUGACAAUGGCAAUAUUUUCAUACAAGAGCAAUUUUUCAAAAGGGCGUAGACGAGCGUUACUUUCAAAUAUGUUUUUGUUCGAUUACUGUAUUUUAUAUAGCAAAACGUUCUGAGAACGAAUUACAGGGGAUGAAUAUUUAUAAUCAAAAAAAAUAUACACUGCAGAAAUGUGUAAUUUUUUUCACAAAAACAAAUUUUCAUUCAUAUAGUUUUAUAUAGCUUUCAAAUGGGUUACAAUAUCGCCCUGAUGUCAAGGAAAAGUUACAGGAAAUGUUAUAGGCCUUUUUAAAAACCUAUUGUUGUUGAUAGAGUAACGCGAAUGACUUAUGAAAAGGUAGUAAUAAAAUAAAAUAUUUGUGUUGCUAAAACAAAAUUUAAAAUAUCUUAAGAAUUACUACAUUUCAGAGAUUUUUUGUUAUGAGCAUUUUGAUUUAAAAUAGCGUUUAGAAUCAUAUUCAAAAAGAAAUUGUAUUUUUGACUGCAAAUACUAUGAAUUAUGAAAAUAUGUCAAAACUUUUUUAUUGAAAGCUUCUCCAUGAUCCAAAUACACUGAAAAAGUUUCUUUAACGCCUUUAAAACGAUCAACAUUCGAUUUUUGAUAUGCUACGGCAACGCGAAUAGCGUUCAAAAAGGGCUGAAUCACAUGAAUUAACCCAUUCAUGCCCAUGUUAUUUGUGGACAACAACGUUUUUAGACAGCUAUAACUUUUGAUUGACGCAAUAUUUACUCGCAAAAACAUGUAAGGCUAAUAAAUGUGACUAUUGCAUUUCAUUUGAGCAUUAACAGUUACAAGGAUCAGCUCAAGAACUGAAGUUAUUGCAAUUAGUCUAAAGGGAUUCCGAUGAAGCAAUGCUGCUAGGGACAGUUCACGUUGAAGACGGAAAAUGAAUUUUUCUUAUAUCUUUGUUAUGUUGCACUAUCAUUUAAAAUUGAUAAAACUUAUCAAUUUAGAUUUUCUUGCCUACGUUUUCCACGCCAUUGGACUAUUGCAAAUAUUCUAGGAGAAUUGGAUUGAGCAUUGGAAGGUAAAAAUUUAGCAGCUUCUAGCGCUGCAAGCGAAGCACUUAUCUUUAUGAAAAGACUUUUCGUGUUUCUUGAUCUCACCGUUUUCAUGGAAAAAUAGUUUUGAAAACCUACAAGCACUAGAAAAUAGUUGGGCACGAAAUUGUUAACUGUUUUUGUUGGAACAAAAUUCCAAAUAUCUCGAAAACUUUCGCAUUUUGUAAGAUUUUUGUUAAAUGCAUUUUGAUUUAAAAUGAUACUUAGAAUUAUACUCUGUAAUUAAAUUGCAGUUUUAUAUGUCAUUUAUUAUGAAAUUUAAAAACAUGCAUAAAGUUAUUCUUAGAAAAACUUUUUCACCGAAAAGUUCUCCAUCAGAAAAUCACAUUUAAAAUGUUUCUUUUCUCUUUAGGUUUUUGUUGACAAAAUAUAAAAAAAUCAGAAAAAAAUGGUUUUUUUUGCAAUUUAAAUUAACACAAAUUGGACGCAACACUUUUUUCAGCGUAUAUUUUUUCGAACAGAAAUAUUCAUUCCCUGUAACUCAUACUCAGAAAAUUUCGCUGUAUAAAAUACAAAAAUCGACCAAAAAAAAUUGAAAUUAUAGCACGUAGAAAUGUUUACGCCCUUUUAAAAAAUUGCUCUUGAGUCAAAAUAAUCUUUCUGACUGUGCAAAAUGUUUAGUCUUCCAUACCUGUGAAACCUGUACAGUUUCGUAGGAAUCGAAAAUGGUCGGUCACGAUUUUAAAUAUUCACGGACGAAUCUUCGUGGAAUUCCUUUAGCACUGAUCAAUUCCUCUAUCUCUGCAUUAUCCUCUAUCACUUCAGUAUUUAAUGGCUAAGUCACUUGAUUUCUGUUAAAAAAAACAGGUACAAAUAAUAUCAAAAGGUUAUUUCCAAACGCACCAAUGAGAUAUCUGGCAUUACAUUCGCCAUUUUUACACUAUUCUGCCUUUAAAUCCGGAAUCUGUUUUUUCGUUCUUAUUUCCUGUGUAAACGAUAUGUUAACCUCCAAAUUAAAAUGUCGAAACAGCUCAAAAUCAAUGCAGCUUGUUAAAAAACUAGAUAUGUGGAGUGGAUGACUAUAUACUAUACUACAUCUUAACAACAUUUCAACUAAAUCGAAAGUUUUUCGACAGAAUAUCGCCUCAUAUGAAAACUGUUGUUUCAUUUGAACCUAAAUUCUGGUGGAAAUCAAUCGGAACUCCACCGCUAAUUUUGGAAUGAGUUUGACAGGAGGUACGUCAUGCUACCAUAAAAUAAUUAGUGUCAACAUGUUUUACGAGUUUAUUUCUUUGUCGUAUCGGAGAAUUGGAUUAUAAAUUCAGCUCUAUUUUACCAAAAAGACCUUCACAAAGUAUUUGGACUGCUAGAAUAUGCUAGCAAAUUAUUUUACUAAUAUCUUGGGGUUAGUUAUUUAGAAUCGAUAAAAAUACAAAAGACGUAAAUUUAUCCGGAGGCAUGAAUGUAAAAGCAUAAAAUAAUCGUUUAUGAAAAUCCAGCCUAACGGCAUCUUGAAAUCAUGCCCACCCUAGUUUUUGUGAAGUUGAUUUGUGUGAUCCAAAAUCAAUGAUAAUUUUGAAGUUCGAAGAUAAAUUCUAUUUGGGUAAAUGGAUUUCUGGUAAAUGGUACCAUCUGGGAAAUGAUAUACAAUCAAUUUUAUAUUAAUUUGUAGGAACACCAAACAUUUGAUCUAGGCUAAAAAGUAAGAAAUAUUUCAGAACGCACUUUAACAAUGGUUUUUAUUCCUAACUUCCGAGAAUCUCGUUUUUGAGCAACUAAAUGCAAUUAUUUUUUCCGAAACAAAUAUCAGUCACACUCCAAAUCGUGCGUUCCUAACCAUAAAUUGACUGGAAGAAAGAUUGUAUCACAAUGGUAGGUAGAUGAGUGUUCCAAACCACGGUUGUUGACUAGCGAUGUUAGUGCCGAAAAUAAAAUAAAUAGCGUAUUUUAUUGUUGACUAGCCCUAAUUAUGUUGAAAAUAAAUCGUGUUUUCGUAAA